UAAAGGAGCCGGGAGACCUCAGAGGCGCCGGCCCGUCCGCCCGCGGCACCUGAGCGCGGCCCGAGCCCAAGCCCGGCCGGCCGCGAUGCUGUAGGGACCGGCCGCGUCCUCCCGCCGGACCGUUAUCCGCGCCGGGCGCCCGCCAGACCUGCCUGCAAGAUGCCGCGCUCCUUCCUGGUCAAGAAGCAUUUCAACGCCUCCAAAAAGCCGAACUACAGCGAACUGGACACACACACAGUGAUCAUUGCCCCAUAUCUCUAUGAGAGUUACCCCAUGCCUGUCAUUCCACAACCAGAAAUCCUCAGCUCCGGAGCGUACAGCCCCAUAACCGUGUGGACUACGACGGCACCAUUCCACUCCCCUCUGUCCAGCGGCCUCUCUCCUCUCUCCGGAUACCCCUCCUCCUUGGGGCGCGUGAGUCCCCCUCCUCCAUCCGACACCUCAUCCAAGGACCACAGCGGCUCCGAAAGCCCCAUUAGCGAUGAAGAGGAAAGACUGCAAUCCAAACUCUCAGACCCCCAUGCCAUUGAAGCUGAGAAGUUUCAGUGCAAUUUAUGCAAUAAGACUUAUUCAACUUUUUCUGGGCUGGCCAAACAUAAGCAGCUGCACUGCGACGCCCAGUCUAGGAAAUCAUUCAGCUGUAAAUACUGUGACAAGGAGUAUGUGAGCCUGGGCGCCCUUAAGAUGCACAUUCGGACCCACACGUUACCUUGUGUCUGCAAGAUCUGUGGCAAGGCGUUUUCCAGACCCUGGUUGCUACAAGGACACAUCAGAACUCACACUGGGGAGAAGCCUUUUUCUUGCCCUCACUGCAACAGAGCAUUUGCAGACAGGUCCAACCUGAGGGCUCAUCUGCAGACCCAUUCUGAUGUCAAGAAAUACCAGUGCAAAAACUGCUCCAAAACCUUCUCCAGAAUGUCUCUUCUGCACAAACAUGAGGAAUCUGGCUGCUGCGUAGCACACUGAGUGACGCAAUCAAUGUUUACUCGAACAGAAUGCAUUUCUUCACUCCGACGCCAAAUGACAAAUAAAAGUCCAAAGGCAUUUUCUCUUGUGCUUACCGACCAAAUAAUAUGUAUAGACACACACACGCAUGCAUGCAUGCAUGCGUGCACACAUGCACACACCACACACACACACACACACACAACACACGAAGCUGCAAGAGCACGGAAUCCAUGUGUUUAAAGUUAAUCCUUUCCAUGUGAAGUUCAAAAUUACCAUAUAUUUACUGACAGCUAGAUUGAAAGGAUAAAAGACAAGGACCUUUCUCUUCAAAGAUGAAGCGAAAAGCACAUUGCAUCUUUCCUUACCAAGAAAGAAUGCAAAGAUUUUACAAUGCUGCCAAAUCAUUUCAACUGAAAGAACAGUAUUGCUUUGUAAUAGAGUUUGUAAUAGAAUUUCCUAUAGGAAGAGAAUUUGCCAGAUGCUAUCUCAGGUGCCUUAUAAAGUAUUCCAAGUUUACUUCAAUACAUGUCUGAUGUCUGGUUGCCAUUGUUGAACUAAAGCCUUUUUUUUUUUUUUUUUGAUGACCUGUAAUGCUUUAAACUGUUAUUUUUAAGAGAGAGAGAAAAGGACAAGAACAAAACACAUGAGAAUGUAUUAAAAGUAUUUUUGUUUUGUUUUGUUUUUGCCGAUAAACAGUAUGUGCCUUGGGGGAGGAGAGAAAGAUUAGCUUUGAACAUUCCUGGUGCAUGCUCCAUGUCUUACUUUUUGAAAGAAUUUUAAUGAUUUUUCUAAAAUUAAGUAAAGAUGGGAAUAAGUGCAAGAGAGGAUACUUAGAAACUCAAUAAUGUACUUAAACUAUUUUAAAUGCAUACAUCAAAUGCAAUAAUACAACACCCUUCCAAGUGCCUUUUUAAUUAAUUGUAUAGUUGAUGAGUCAAUGUAAAUUUGUGUUUAUUUUUAUAUGAUUGAAUGAGUUUUGUAUGAAAGUGAGAUGUUGUUCAUGGCAAUGCCUGUGACAACCUGAAGACUUGUGAAAUCAAUGUGUCUUUUUUAGAAAACCAUUUUCAAGGUCCUUUUUUACAAUAAACAUUUUUGAUUUAAAAUCUA